UGUGUAUGCGUGUAUUGGGAUUGGGCAAGACCAGAAAUGGUAUCGCGAUGAGCGUGGUAGCAUGAAAGUGUUUCCUCGGCAAAAAGUGUUUUUCCGCGAGUAAUCUGCAUCGGUGGGAAAUGUGCUUGGCGCAGUGGUGAAAAGGUGUGAAAGAGUGUGAAGAGUUUAGGUGGUGCAAAUUGCAAUCGUAGCGGCUACAGUCAGUGGAAAAAAAUAGUGGUUUACAGCUCCCGAAGAUAUAUUGUCCCAUCCCUUCGCGAAAUAGCUCGCUCGACUAUCCCGCGGUAUCGUUGUCCCAAACCUCAUCAACCAAAACGGGAAACUAGAGUGUGGCCGCCGAUCGAUCGAUCGAACAAGUCUCAGUGAGUGCUGGCCGCCUUUGCAGCAGUGCGUCCAGUGGAAUAGCAGAUUGGAAAACCGGAGACUUCACGGUGUGCUGGUUUCCGCGGAAAACAUCGAAAACGGCCGAAAAGAUAGCGACAGAUUAGAGGACAAACAGACGAACAUACCGACACGCACACAUACCACCACAUAUACGGUGUACAUUCCCUUACAGGACGUGUGUAGAGGGAGCCACCGACGAUAAGAAGCGGUCAAAAUGACGAAGGACAGAUUAGCAGCCCUGCAAGCGGAUAUAGAGGCACAGAGCGACGAUGAGGACAUGCCCGAAGAUGUGGCUGUCCCGGUGGAGGGCAGCUUCAUGGAAGAUUUCUUCAAAGAGGUGGAAGAGAUACGGAUGAUGAUCGACAAGAUUCAGGCUAAUGUCGAAGAAGUGAAGAAAAAACACAGUGCCAUCCUAUCGGCCCCACAGUCGGACGAGAAAACUAAACAGGAACUCGAAGACCUAAUGGCUGAUAUCAAAAAAACUGCCAACAGAGUAAGAGGGAAGCUUAAGGGUAUCGAGCAAAACAUUGAACAGGAGGAGCAGCAAAGCAAGUCGAAUGCUGACCUGAGGAUACGAAAAACGCAACAUUCGGCUCUGUCGCGCAAGUUUGUCGAGGUCAUGACGGAGUACAACCGGACCCAGACGGACUACCGAGAGCGUUGCAAAGGAAGAAUACAACGACAACUGGAAAUUACGGGUAGAGCUACAACAAACGAAGAACUUGAGGAAAUGUUAGAGCAAGGAAACUCAGCCGUCUUCACGCAGGGGAUCAUCAUGGAGACUCAGCAAGCCAAGCAAACGCUGGCAGAUAUCGAAGCUCGACAUGCGGAUAUUAUAAAAUUGGAAAAUUCAAUUAGGGAACUGCAUGAUAUGUUCAUGGAUAUGGCUAUGUUGGUUGAAAGUCAGGGUGAAAUGAUUGAUCGUAUAGAAUAUCACGUCGAACAUGCAAUGGAUUAUGUUCAAACAGCGACACAAGACACAAAGAAAGCGCUUAAAUAUCAAAGCAAAGCCCGCCGGAAGAAGAUUAUGAUCCUGAUCUGUUUGACCGUGCUCGGGCUGAUUGUUGCAUCCUACGUCAGUAGCUACUUCAUGUAAAAGGAACACUAAGAUGAAAUUGAUGUACGGAUUCCGCAUUACAUACAAAGCGUGAAACAUUAUGCGGCUAUGCGUUUGAAAUCUCUGACAAACAACAACAUCAGUGUUGUUACACAUCCAUACACAACCGGUAAAAAAGGAUUGAAAAAGGAACUGGACAUAAUCUAGCGUAAUUUCCAUCGUAAUAACACAACGGCAAACGACCAAAAAUGCUUCAUCCAAAAAAGAGAGAGAGCGAGAGAGUUAGUCAAAGAAAGUAAAAGCGAGAGAGUGAGAGAGGAGAGAGAGAGUGUGGGAGAAAAAAACGAAAAAUAGAACGCGAAUAUGAGUACAUUUCUUCGUAGGUUAUGUUGAUCACUGGAGCAAUAUCGAGCAAGAUAUGUUUGCCAUAUCUACAAAAUAAACUCAGCCGUUAAUUGUAUCGUUCAUUGCUUCCCAACAGAACAAAGAGAACCCACACAAACGUAUUCGCCAACAGCGGACUCCCAAAGGCGAUGAACAACCGCAUUGCAUAUAUGCGUGUGCCCGUGUGUGUGUGUGUACCGAUGAAUGGUGCCUAGGCCGCAUUUUCAGUCCAAAUCCGUACCACCAAUAUUUCUGUAUUUUUAGUUUGGUAUUGCAUUCAACAGCUUCGAACUUUCGACGACGUUUUGGGCGAAAUAAGGAAUGCAAAAAGAAGCAAUGUGUGGCCGGCAGUACUACCAUCGUUCAUGUUUAAAUAGUCGUGUACUACGAGAAACUGCUAAUGAAUUGACUGCCAAAGGUGAUGACAGCACAGUCAUAGAAAGAAAGAAAGCGAUCUCUAUGGAAACCAGCUACGCCACGCAGAUUUGAUCGUGCCAGGUGCAUGAAGCUAAAGUAAUUGGAAGCUUACUAGCGGUAAACUCUCCUCCUUCUGAAUUGUUUGCGACCUUUGUCAACCAGUUUCCAAUUGUGCAUAGUUCAGUUAUUGCGGAUGUCUCAACUGAGCCGCUUCUUUUUCGCCAAUCUCUGCAUCCCAUUUUUUUACAUAUGCCAAACACUUUUGAUGCACGGUAUGGCUAUCAUCGUCGCUUUUCAAAUGCCAUCAUUCAUAUUGGAACGUAAAGAAGAAAAGAACUGGUAGAAAAUACAAGUGACAGUUGCCGUGCAGAAGCGAUUCGAAGCCAAUGUGAAAGCCAAUAUGUAAGAACAACAAAAGAGAAAGAAGAAACAAUCAAAUAGCUCCGCAAUCAAAACAAAUCAAACAGAAGAGGAAUGAAAUGUGAAGAGCAUCAGACCGGAGUACAUUCAAAUGCCACAUAGAAAUUAAAUCAAGAUAGAAACGACAUAACUCUUCAAGCGCUCCAAUUUUAUCUUACUACUCACCUCAGCACAACAGUGUCUAUCUCUUUUCAAGUAUAUGUAAAUUGUCACAGGUGUCGCCAUACUUGCACAUACUGCUGUGCGCAGUUAUUAUUGAAAAAAUACAGUACGUCACUUGUGUUACACCAGAACCAAGAGAAAACAAAAUCGCGAUAUUACCGUGCUCAACAUGCCAUACACAACCAUCAAUCCAUCCAGCAGCAGCAGUGGCGGUUCAGAAGCCGAACGUUCACCACACGUUCAUAUUGACGUUUGCUACUGACGAGUUCAAUCGCAUGCAUCGGACAGGCAAGCAGGCAGGCAGGCAGGCAGGCAGGCCGGACCCAUAGCAAGUAACGUCCGAUGCUCGUUCGACAACUUAAACAACAGCAUUCAGAACAGCAAGCACAAGAAUGGUCGACUGAACGCAUCCCAUCGUGCCGCAUGUGUUGUGAGCUCGGUUAUUGUCGUUUGAUAGUGCUCUGCAAUGUACCAUUUGGUUGCCGUUUUUGUUUGGGGACUGGUGUAGCUACAUCGGCAUGGUUUGCUAACAACAAAACAACAAUACAGAGAAAGAGAAAAAGAGAGAGAGAGAGAGAGAGAGAGAGAGAGAGAGAGAGAGAGAGAGAGAGAGAGAGAGAGAGAGAGAGAGAGAGAGAGAGAGAGAGAGAGAGAGAGAGAGGUCGAGUACCGAACCGAUGAUUGUUAAGUGCAGCAUUCAAGUCUUCAAGAAUGAUGAAACGCAUAGGCAUAGGCAGCGGGUAGAAUACAUUUUAAAUAUGACGACAAUGGCAAUAAAUGUGAACAUAGAUAAGGAUAUAAAGAAACGCCUGCCGCAAAACAAUUCAGAUCCAUUUUGCUCGAUUUUCGGUCACCUAAAAUUGCAUAAAUGCUAUUAUAAUGCGCGAUUAUAACGAUACUACUCCAAAUUUGACUUUUCACGUACAGUACUGUGAGUGGAGCGGCACGUACACCUAAUGGGUUGCAUAUUACCAAGGCUAGAAAUGAUGUAUCUUUGCAUAUCCGACUCUCUGCUUCGAUGCUCUGGUUCGAUAGCACGUUUGUUUUGUGUUUGGUAUUCUGAAGAUGAGAAGACAUGUAAAGAAGGAAAAAUCACGUGUGUCAGAAAACAGCAAUUGAACGUCAUAACGUAUAUUGUUCAAACAAAAUGUGUGAUAAUAAUUAAUUCGAAAAAUACUCUCAAAACACAAACACCCUCACGUACGUACGUGCAGUACGCACUGCUGCUUGGUACCGGGCGGCGGGAGUGCAACUGAUUGGGGCGGAAGUAGGAAUGACAUCUACUACUACUUAAGCAACACAAACACAACACGACGACAACAAAUAGCAUAUUUAAGAGUAGGUGAUACACAUACACUCAAACACGGGCACGAAAAAAAGGUGUAAAAAUGGUAAAGCAACUGCACGAUAUCACGACACAAUAUAAUAUUCCGCGUGUGCAAGUAUGGAAUGAUGGUGUCCUGCUGAAGACCCAGUUCGAUGUUAGUUGAUGAGCCUUCCAAUAACAACAACAACAACAACCAAAACAAAUGGAAAAAUGGGGCACUCACGGGGAGAAGUGUGUAGGCAUAUAUGGUUUUUGAUUACUCACUUUAAGUCACUUAAGUCACCAGAACAAAAAAACUGCAUUUUGUGUGCAAUUUUGCGCUUCCAAUUCCAACCGUAACAGCAACACUUAGGACACGUGCACCACACGAGAAUAGUCAAUUUAUCAUACUACUACUACUACUACUACUACUACUACUACUACUACUACUACUGGUCCGGGGAAAGGCGCACCCAAAUGCAUGUCCAAGACUGGCUGGGUUGCUGCAGAUGAUUGUUCUUCUUUCGUUUCCAUUCGUAUAACCUUCUUGCUGGUUAUGAGUGCAGCUGACCUUAAAGGGUGUGGCAAAUUCACAAAACAUUCUACUUUAGCCUGUUUUGGUGCAGAAACUAAUCCCAGGUGAGCUGGUGACUUGCGAACGAUUUGGUUUGCUUUUGUCGACAUUGAACAACCGCGUAUCACGAGGAACUAGUAUUUCAGACAGAAAAAGACAGAGUUGCAUACUGCCGAAUCAAACACAAAGUAUAAAAAUCCAAAAACCCAAAGCGCGUAUUUACAUCCCUCUUCGCGCACCUGGCAUACGAUAAGGAUCUACACAUUCCGUUGCUUAACAGGAGGUUUACUUACACUCAUUAAUCUAUCGAUGUUAUGGACAGACGAAACAGUAGAAGAGCGCGUUCUUUCGAUGCGGAAUGGCACGGAAGGAUGGCAUGGAAAGUGGUCAUGUGUUAUAGAAAAUGCGUAGAUAACGAGCUCAUUGAGAUGUUCUACGAUUUAACUAAAUAAUUUGAGUGUUUGCGUUGAGCUGCUUGUUUGUUUCAUGUGAGUUUGCAUUGGUUAGGUUUGUUCCAUGGACCUCCUCCCCCCCCCCAUCCCCCACCGCCCUCCCCCCGCAAUGGAAGCAACCGCUUUUCUUUUCCACGUUUAACAUUGUGCCAUGAGGAGGAGAAGGAGGAAGAGGGAGUUACUUGACGCUGAAAGGGAGUGCGGAUAUGAUCGAAUAAGGCUAGGAAUACUAUACUGUUACGUCAAUUGUUAAUGCAUGCGUUGUGGGAGCAAACGAAAAUGGUGUGUUUGUGAUCAUUGCAGUAAGGUGCUGUGGUGUGGUGUGUGUGCACUCUUUGUGGCAGAUGGAUGGUUAUUGUUUUUUUUCCACAAGCUCUGCUGCUACUGCAAGUAAAGGUGUGGUGCAACAGUGUGCGACAAUUUAGGAUGACGGUCACAUACGCCAUCCUGCUUCUGAUUUGCAUUAUAAUUUCCUGUUGAAGUUUUCAUUGCUAAUGCAGAACGGAGCUGAAGGCUCCGUGGAAAGGCCACCGAAACAAGAAACAAGCAUGGUGGAGCAAAGGAGGUGUAAAAGAAGUGAAGAUGAAAGUGAAUCUCAACCCCGCGCAGUUAUUACACCCAAGCGAUGGAGGAUGGAAAUUGCAAAGCAUACCAAAUUAAGCAAAUAAUUAGUUAAACAAUACUGUAUUUGAAGAAGAAGAAGAAAAAAAUGAGCAGCAAAGGGUAGAAUAGUGCAAAUGAAAAGUCCGUUACACAAGCCCAAACAGAUGCCGGACUGCCGGCAAAGUUCACGUGAAAUCAUUAACAACCAGUGAGAAUACAGUAGAUUGUAGACACACACACACACAAAGAAAUCGGAAGGAAAGAGAAAGCGAGAGAGAUGGUAAGAAGGGGAGUAAGAGUAUGGGAGAAGGAAAGUAAACGAAACUGUAGUGUAAUCAAAACACAAUUUUAAGGCGACAGAAAAUAGUGUAAUGUUCGCUAAGUUUGGAGUUGCAUCUCUUGAAUUAAGCCGUACCCGAUUGGCAAUAGUAGCGAAGACGUUGCAGAAGCUGGGAAGAUGAGAGAGAGAGACCAGUACGACAACCGGAGAUUACUUGCCAGCAAUAAAAAAGGGAGGGAAAAGAAGGAUUGAAGUGGCAAAAGGAAGCAUUGAAGCAAAUGUUGCUGGCUGAUAGUUAUUAUCAUAAGAAAAGUAUAUAUAUAUACAUAAUUAUAUACACAUAGCAUCUAAAAGAAAAAUGCGAAAAACACAAAAAUAUAGCCUAUUCACUUAAAUAGUUAUUUAAUGCAAACUAUAUAUAUAUAUAUAUCUUCAGAACGGAACCGUGUACGCGGACGCAGGACAGCAUCGGAGGAGAAAAAGGAGAAGAAGGAUGAGGAGGAGAAGGUGGAGGAUGAGGAGGAGGAGAAGGGGCAGCAAACAAGAAUGGAAGCAAUUGCCAGCAAUUGUAACAGGCAAAACAAAAGCAACCACCUGACUCUUACACAUUUCGUACACAGAAUAUAAACACUUGAAGCAAGAUUAGACAAGGGGAAGCGCUAAUAGAGUUUGCAAUGGAAAUGGAGAAUGGAGUUUGCAGGAUAAUCGCGAUUAAUUCCACAACAUGUAUGUACAAAACGUACGCGGACAAAGCGCAUAGAGCAGCGCGCAAACACUGUAGCAGAGACCACACAAAGCAAAGGAGAGGGCAAACCGGAGACGGCACAGGACGACUAACGGCAAACCGGCAACUAACUAACUGACACGGCUGCCCUUUGCGGGCGUACAGUAGUGACAGUGUUAGGCCAGAUAUCCCAGAACAGAAACAAACAGACACACACACACGAACACCUGGCUAGGAAAAGAUUCUGCACCCUGUUGUACAGUAUAUAUUUUUCUCUCUCUAUUGCUCUUGUAUCAAUUAACAAACGAGUGGUUAAAAUAAUGUACGCUGAAGAAUAAUAUAGUGCAAAAAAAAACAAAACAAAAAAAAAACGGACAUGAAGCAAACAAACAGACAAAACACACAGUGAAAGAGGAGUGUAGCGUUGGUUGGACAUCCUUACCAUCAGUGAGGGAGAGCUGGCGCGUAGAAUUCAACUCAAACGAACGCGAUAACAAACAGAACUCAGAACAACCAGAACUCGUAGUAGAAACCUCCGAUUGCGAUGAGCGGGCGGACGCACGAAUCGAUAUUAAAGGGCACACACUGUCACCACACAGUACACAACAACAACAACAGCAGUGCAAAGACAAAGUAAUAUCUAAUAUGAAUCUCGCUCGCGUUGAAAGGAGACAAACUUUACACAUAUAUUCGCCCGACUUUUCAAAAGCUCCGCGAUUGAAUGGCGCUUUUGUUUGUCUAAAACGUACGCUACUACUGCCUCUACCAUAUGGGUUGUUGUUGUUGGUUUCGCUCGGUUUGCGACUUUAAGCUAUUCGCUCGCGAUACCGCUUAGUUAUCACGCGAAGCAGAUGUGAAGCGUAGCGUUAAGCUGCAUUAUAGAAACACGCCCGCCCCACCUGCUGGCCAUGCUGCUGCCUAUGCGCGCCGUGUAUGAUGCUAACCGUGUGUAUUGGAGGGCAUAGCGCAAUGCAAGAAGAAGAAUGCGCAAUGCAAGAGAACAUGUUUCGAAGUUGGCAAAAAGGCAACAAAUUGUAGCAAAAGUGCGCGAUUUUUGCCAGUCUGCGAUGCAUCGUGAUGCGCAAGAGGAGAAAUAUUUAGUUAAAAACUAUCUCUCUUUCUCUCUCCCUCUGUCUCUCUAUUUCGCUAAAAAAACAAACUGCAACGGUGCAACAUGUUGUACACUCCACACUUUCUAACGUAAGCAAUUGAUUUGAUUUGGAAAUCUUGAUGUUGCAACUUGAAUCGGAACAAUCGAAACAAGCGCAAACAGCAGACAGCGAGCGGUGCGGAGAAGCAGCUAGCAGAACAAAAAUGCGCUUGAUUCUAUUAUAGUUCUCACCGGUGAAGAACGCCUACCUAAAAGCUAACAACACAAUUGAUCAAUCAAUCAGAAUCAUACACCAAUCAAAAAGAAAAAAAGGUAUAAAUAUACACACACACAAACCACACCAAAAACAAGCAGACACUAACAUAAGCAUCGUGCACGAGAGACGAGAGGGAAAGCUGCAAAAAUGACACUAAAAAACACUAGACACCACACACACUCUCACUGAUAUGUAAAGAGGUAUUGCGAUAACAGCGUAAAAAGUGAACGAAACUUAUACACAAACAAACAAACAAACAAACAGACGAACAUAAACAAACAAACAAAACAAAAAAACAAAGGAAAAGGUAAUAACAGAAGAAGAAAAAGUCGUGUAAAUUGUUGCAUUUAAUCGUAAGUCCAUUUUGAAGUUAUUGCGAAGUUCAAUGAAAGUAAAACAGAAACAAAUAAGAGAAAAGUAACUCCUCUCUUCAGUAACUAGACGUUCAGUGCUAUGAAAACUAUCAAUACGAAUCAAUACAUCAAACAUACACAAACACACACACAUACAAACAGAUAUACGACAACAACACAUCACAAAACGAUAGGCAAAACAUAACAAACAAAAACACAUCGGAACACGCAACAUAGUGUUCACAAGCAAGACAAGCAAGAGCACCACCACCACCAACACCAGAAUAGAGCACACCAUUAUCCUUCUCCGGCUGUCAGUUCAUUAUCACUCUCUUCCGGAUCACGUCAAUCGAUCUGUAAACGUAGCAGGCCGGAACAGACAAGGCGUGCAAUAAGCAAAACAAUAGAGUGUUAUGGUAACGGUAUUGUAUUUAUGUUUGAUGGAUUCGAAAUUCGCAAAGCAUACUAUGUUAUUUAAGCUGUAAUAUGAGAUGCGUGUGAAGUGCGUGUAACUUGAGAUAACAUAAUAUAAUGAAUGAGUGUACUGGUUUGGUAGGAUUUGUUUGCAGGAGUUGGUUUUUCUUCUGUUUCUGUAACAAGUUAGCAAGUCGUUUUUUCUAGAGAGUAUACAUAUACACAUAUAUAUAGAGUGAGGGAAACCUUUUUUUGUGUUUGACAAGAUUCGUUUCCUAGAUCACGUGUGAUCGAUGCACAGGACACCCCACCCUCACACUCCAACGCACCCAAACACACAUACACACACAUCAUCAUCAUCACACACAGAGGCAAAUACAUGCAGAUGAUCAAUGCUGCGUGUGUGCAUCGAACCACAGCCGCGUGCGUGAGUGUGAGAGGUGAAGGACGGGACACACGGAGAGAUAAAGGAUAAUUUACAGUGCAGAGAAGACAAAACAAAAUCAACAUUACUAAUAAUACAUGAGAAACGAAAACAACAGACACACACACACACAUACUACACCACGUGUACACGAUACAAAAUCAAGUGAUGGCUUUCAAAAUUAUAUAAGGAAGAUCUUAAAAUAAACACAAGUUGAUAAAAGCUAACUAUUAAUCGCCUUUUGCAUUUAUUCAUUCGCUGGUUAUUGACGUUGAGAGAAAAACUAAACCGUUGGAAAAUGAAGAAAAAAAAAACACAAGAAACGAGCAAGCGAAAAAAACAAAACUCGAUAUUCAACGACUGGAUCUGUCACCUCUGCCUUUGGGUAUGUUGUUACAUGGCUUACUGUGUUUGAUUCAAAUCCAUGUUUCAUACCGGAGAGAGCGAGAGAGUAGGAGAGAGAUAGAGAGGGCUAUGCAUAGCUAACGAUCCAGUUAAAGUCCUUCGAAUCAGCCGUACAGUAGGCCGUUGUUGGAUAAGGCAAGUAGGAGACCAGGAGGAACGCAAUUGUCGGUUGGUAAUCAUAAAUCGUUAACAUCUCCUAUUUACCACUACCAUUACCUGGAUACAUAUCCCUGUUUGGUUGGUUUUUUGUUUAUAGUUUCCAUUUGUAUGCAUCCAUUGGGGGUGCAUUUGAAGUAGAGAGGAAUGAUAAAUUCCUUUUAUUGAAGUCCCACCGUUACGAAUACCACAAAUUCGAAAGUAUUCCAAUUUAACUGCAAACACAGCAAACUGCACAUUUUCAAGCAACACCAAAUAUAGCUAGUGAUCAAUAAGCUGCUGUUGGUUGUCCCCCCCUUAUUGGGUCUGCGUGUCAUCAUCACAUUCGUUGUUCGCUUCCAAAAUCUUAUCUUUUUUUGUCAUACCUUUCCUCUGCUCUUUAUUCCCUCUCAAUUUCUCUCAAUCAAUCUUAUUUGCUAUCCCAACAAUCUCGUGUUUGUUACUUGAAAUAUAGUGCUGAGACAGCUCGGCGUAAUUCGUUACCGAACGUUUCUUCGUACCGAGCCGGAUCGAACAGUCGGUACAGUACAGAGCAGUUGGAAGCAGCAGGUGUACUACUUGUGGUGUAGUAGGCGGUGAAGUUUCGCGCAGCUGUUGCGCGUGAACCAAAGCGCGUGAUUUCGUUUUCGAAUGCACACGUGUUAGAAGAAGCAAAAAAAAAAACAAAACCAUUUAAUGCACAACGCGUUUACUUUUUCUGCAUGGUUGACACGUGACAAGGACAACAGGUAGACACAAAAACACGCCUUGGACAAAUAGACACUCUCACUAUCUUUCCUGUUGUCGUGGGUAGAGUUGAAAAGUUUUAGUCAAUUUUCUUCCCAAAAUGCAAGAUGUGACGCAAACGCAAAAUGCAACAACAUACAUAAAAGAAAAGGCGCACGGGUGUAGUGCAGAUGGAACAUACAUGCUUUGCUGCUGGGGAGCAUUGAUAAGUUCGAGAUGAAGUUCUCGUUAGCAGAAUCGUUAAACAACUUUCACCUCUUUACACACCAAUUAACGUCGUACAUUUUCAGGAUAGAAUACGUGUAGUAAUGCAAUAAUAAUGCAACACAGGCCAGUAAUAGUAUUUUAGUACAUAGAUUGACGUGCAUUUUUCCCGUUCGCGAGUGCUGAUUGACACAUUAGCUUAGAGCUUAGCUAGAUCGCCAGUAUAGGGGAAAGCGCACUUAAAUUGAGCAUUAGCGGUAGCAUAGUCUUACAGCAACUAAACACGAAACGAAACGAAACACUCACAUACACUCUAAAAACACAAUAGUAGGGUUCUUCAAUAAGUUAAACAUGGAAUGAAGGAAAA